AUGGAAUCUACAAGUCCUUUUAAAGAAAUUGUUAAAACACCACGUUUGAUCAUCCAAUAUUGCACCAAAUGUAAAUGGACAAAUAGGGCAAUAUGGUAUACACAAGAGGUAUUGCAAACAUUUACAAACCCACAGGAUAUUGCCGAAAUAUCAUUACAACCGGAAAUAGAAAAACCAGGUACGUUCGCUAUAUACUUACAAGUUGGUGAGUAUGUCGAGGUAGUAUAUCGAAGAAAAUUUAAGAAAGUUGAGAAUCGUGGCGACAAUGUAGAAGACCCAGAUGAAUACGACGGAUUCCCCGAUGCAAAGUUUUUAAAGAGUUUAAUAAAGGAAAAACUACUGAAAUUAAAGGCGAAAGCUGAAAAUGGUGAGAAAGUACUAUCGAGUGUUCAAUUGGGUGAUCAUUUAUCAUCUGGAAAAGGAAAUUUGUUGAAUGAUGGAGGACGGGAAGAAACGCAGGUUGAGUGUAGAGAUUGCAUUGCAGAAGAAGGCGGACUUUAA